AUGAAUAAAUUAUAGGAGAGGUAAAUUUUGAUUGCCCUCCUACCAAAACGAUUUCAAUUUCAUUCGAAUGAUCCUAUUCUAAGAAAACAUCCUCAUUUAAGUGGACAGAAUAACUUAGAGGAGUAGCAAGAAAGCUUUCCAUAGCAGAUUAAAAAGUAGUAGGAGUUAAAAUUGAAGCAACUUAUAAUGAGUAAAAAAUUAAAUAAAUCAAAGCAGAAUAUGUUAAAGUAACUUGGAAACGAAGACUAAAUACUUCUAAAAAAUAGUCCAAAAAGCAAACGAAAUAAAAAAGAAGAUUUCAGAAUGAUAAACCUUAAUUAGCUUGAUAAACACUACAGAGUCCGUGGAAGCAAAAUAGAAUCUAAAGAUAAAAUUGGUUAGAACAGUUUUAAUUUAGAAUAAAUUUAGUAUGAAACUCUAGGAGAAGAAGAUGAAGGAAUUUAAUAAAAUUGCAACAAAAUAGCAAAUUAUAAAAAAAUUAAUUAAAAAGAUUUUUAAAAUAAGCUAAAUUAGCAAUAAACUGAGGAUUAGACUAUUAAAGAUGGAGAAGACAUCACAGUGCAAUAUUAAAUAAAUAAUAUUAAAAGCCAAAUAUAGAAUUCAAAAGAUAUUAGAUAACGCAGAAAUAUGAUGAAGUUAGAGCUAAAUGAUAAAUAAAGUUUUGAAAUCAAGCAAAAUACUUCAAAAUCUACAGCAAAAUCUGCAGACUACUAUCAAUAAAUAGAUUUAUGUUUUAAUAAUAAUUCAUUAAACUCAUCUUAACAUUCGCCAAAAAUAAAAAAAAGACUCUGUGAUACUAAAUUAAGGCAAGAAAAUUAAUAUUAAAAUAAUUAUUUAGAUUCUUUAAAUCAUUCUUAAAUUUAAGGGAUGUCAACUGUUUUUCCUGAAAAUUAGAAGUAAUAGUAAAGUAGUACUAAUAGGGAAUAUAAAAAUUAUGCAAAAUAUUUGAAUUAUAAUCUACAGAGAAAAGCUUAAUAGUCAACACCUUAAUCUACCAAUUAAAAUUCUCACAGAAAUUCAAAAGAAAUGAUUAAUGAUCUUUUAAGUAUUUCUUCAAUUUAUAAUUAACAUUAAGAAAAUAAAUUUUCAAAUUCUAUAACACCGAAAUCUUUUUAUGGUUUUCCAGUUAGUUUCGUUCCUGUUGGAGAGUAAGGGAAUGAGCAUACAAAUGCUAAAGAAUUAGAUUUUUUUAAAUCAAAUAAAAUAGAUAAAAGCAAUACAAAUCAAAGCUGUUAUGCUACUCCAUGUUAAGAAAUAGGUAGUCCUUAAUUUAUAUUUAGGAAAAAAAAGGAAACAAUGAAUAAGAUUCUUGGAUUUCUAUCAAAGGAUAAAUAACCAAAUAUAUAUGAAAAGAUGAUCUUAAAAAAUAAACAAAUACACUUAACAGGGCAUCAUAUUGAAACAUUUAGCAGUGCUUAUAAAUCUCAUUUAGGAAUAAUAACUAAUGCGCAAUAAUCAGUACAAUAAAACUUCCAAGAUUUGUAUUAACAAAAUAAAAUUGAAACAUAAAAAACUGAAAGAAUGGAUACAGAACGAGAACGAGAGGGAUAAGAGUUUAGUAACAUCAAACUGAAGUAGUGGAUUAAUCAAGGCUAAAAUACAAAAGAUACUGCAUAGUUUGGAAAAAGUGAGGAUAUUAUAAAUUAUAAAGAAAAAUCUUAUGAUAAUUUUUAAGAAUCUCAAAUGUGUGCUUUUUAUCCAUAUAAUUAAAUGGAAUAAAAUAAAUUAAAAAAGGACGAGCUCAUUUCUGUGAAUAAAAUACUUAUACAGCCAAGAGCUAAUUUAAGAAAUGCUGUGAUUCAGAGACCUUUAAGUACCUAAACAACUUUUUAGCCUAAUUGCUAAAGCUACCUCUUUAAUUCAAGUAACCCAACAUCUCCUUCUAGAUAUGCAACUCCUAAAGAUAUUCAAAGAAAAAAUUUGUAAACACCUUCAUCUCAAGCAGGAUAGCAGGAAAAUUAAAAGUCUAGGUCUAAUAUUUAUCAAGCAUCUAGAAAAAGUUCAAUUAAUUAAAAUAGUAAUUAUAUCAAAUAAAAUUCAUCUAAAUAAAAUGAACAAUUAAAGCAAGAGAAAAAAUAGCCAUAAAAUAUAUUGAAUGAUAAUGAUAAAAUUGAAAGAUGGAUUGUGAAUGAUAUUGAUAUUGAUGAAACAAUGAGUCCAUUAGCUGAUAAAACUAAUUCUUUUUUUUGA